ACGGAUGCAACCCCAUCCUGCUUGUUAACGUGUCAAUUGCCGCUGUUGCACUAGACUCUUAUCAGGCUGAGACUACUUAAAUAACCACUGCCAUGUCUGAACGCGAUCCUCUUCUUCCCGCGAAUCCUCGCGAUGCACCAGCUGUAGUAGAAGCUAGCGACGCUGUUGUCGAACCAGAGCAGCAGCAACCAGCUCGCACUCCCUCACUCAACAGAAAGAAGAUUGUCUUUUGGUCCCUUGCAGGAGCCAUAAUGUUGAUUGGCGCAGCUUUAAUCAUUUAUUUCGUGCCCUAUGUGCGCGCAGACGGCCCAUUGCGAUACCCCGGCGAGAAGCUGGACUGGACUGUCUGCGGCAAUGUCGAGGGCAAAAACGUGGAGUGCAGCCGUAUCGAUGUGCCCAUGAACCAUUUCGACGAGUAUGCCACCAGCAACGAGAAAUUCAGUAUCCCCGUGGCUCGUCUUCGCGGCAACGACAAUGCCAAAAACCUCUUUGUCAACCCCGGUGGCCCUGGCGGCAGCGGCGUCAACUUCAUCUUCCGCAAGGGCAAGGCCAUCCAGGAGAUUGUCGGCCAGGACUUCCAUAUUCUCUCGUUUGAUCCCCGCGGUGUCAAUGGCUCCAAGCCACAGGCCAUUUGCUUCCCCGAUAGCGAGGUUCGCAAGGCGAUUACUUCUGUCCAGAUUCCAAGCGACCCUGUCGAGGCCGCCUCUCUCUACAACUGGGCUGGCAACUUUGCCCACUCGUGCGCCGACACAACUGGCGAGCACGGCAAGUACAUCAACACGCCCCAGACAGCAGCCGAUAUGAACAGUAUUCUUGAUGCCAUUGGCCAAGAGAAUAUGAUUUACUGGGGUUUCAGCUACGGCUCCAUCCUGGGCCAGACAUAUGCCAACAUGUUCCCCGAGCGCUCGGAGCGUGUUGCCGUGGACGGCGUUGUUGACCACUUCAACUGGUACAACGGGACGAUUGAGUCUGAGGAUUUCCACGACUCGGACAAUGUGCUGCACGGCUUCUUUGACGAGUGCGUCAAGGCUGGUGACGACUGUCCUCUAGCAGAAUUUGGAAACGACGCCAAGGGUCUCGAGAAGAAUGUCACCAACUUUAUCCGAAAACUCAAAGACGACCCGUACCCCGUGUAUGUCAACAAUUCGCUCUUUGGCACCAUUGACUAUUCGCAGCUUUGGUUCGGUGCCUUUUUCGGAGCCCUCUACAAGCCCGCAUCCUGGUACAGCUUGGCCGACGUCACGGCGCAGCUCAUGAAGGGCAACGGAACAGCCGCCCUGCUGGCAUUUGGCCUGGAAGGCCCCGAGGACCUGUUGCCCGAGCACAACAUUAUUAUUCGAUCCAACGACGGCACAUCUGGAAAGUCUUUCUGGCCCACUAGCAGAAAGGCUCUCCUCAAGGAGGCCAUUCCCUUUAUUGAGAGCCAGUCGUCAUUUGCUGCCAACAGUAUGGAGGAGUUCAUUAUUCGCGCGCAAUGGGAGAUUCCACAUACCCAUACAUUUGUGCCAGAUCGCCACGUGAAGACGCUCCAUCCCGUGCUGGUUUUGUCCACUACAUACGAUCCCAUCUGCCCUCUGGUGUCGGCCAAGGUUGCCCGCGAUAUUUUUGUCGACUCCAGGCUCAUUGAAGUGGAGACGUAUGGCCACUGCUCGCUGGCCAUGCCUUCGCUAUGUGCGGCCCGCCAUGUCCACGCCUUCUUUAACAACGGCACCAUGCCCGACGAGGACGUCAAGUGUCCUGCUGACGGACCGUAUUAUAUCAACCCCAACAAGGAUAAGAGUGUCAAGACUCUUUCUGGUGCGGAUGCCGAGACGGAGAGACUCAUGGCUGCCCUUGUUGCGUUGUCGGAUGCGAUUGAGGUUCCCAGCCGCCGAUGAGCAUGUAAGACUGUAGUGUCUGUUUGACUGUAACCUAGCGAAUGUAUUGAGCGUGUUAUUUGAUGGAUAUUAUUUUGUUUAUCUAGGCAUAAUGUCAAUUUAUUUCAGUAACAUUUCCCCUGCUUUUACCUUAUUUUGUGCCUAUUUGAGAGGGUUAUUCAAAUCGUGCGUGUGGUCUCGGGUAGCCAGACAACAUCAGUAGAUGGAGCACAAGCCAGCCACCACCAGGAGCAAUUAACAUAUCAUGAGGCGACGUCACUUUCCUGCAUAAUUUCGCAUAACAAAAUGAAAAAUAAAAAGAAACCAUCAUAGAACAUGUUUGAGUAUUUGUGAUCAAAGGCAAAAAAGACAAAAAAACAAAGUCAACUAGCGUUGAGAACGAUUGCUCCCUGCAGGGCUUGAACCUGCGACCUUCGCAUUACUGAGACUUGCUCUGGCGAGUAGUAUUAGUACGAAGCUCUAACCAACUGAGCUAAGGAAGCUAAUCAACU